UACAAAAGUGGUGAAACAAAACGAAUCGUUGAAAGUUAGGGCAAAGGAGAUGGGACAGAAUACCGAUGAGAUAAGCAACAGAUCCGAGUACGGUGGUUCGAUUCCUGUCGAUAACGUUCAAGCGCUUGCUUCAAAGGACUUGAAAGACGUUCCGGUUCGGUAUCUUCGGCCGGAGAUUGUGUCCGACGAGGUAUUGACGGAUGAAUCGCUGCAGAUUCCAGUGAUCGACAUCGGCAAACUUUCUGUCGCAGGACAACCGGGUUAUGAUGAUGAAUUGGCUAAACUUCAUCUUGCUUGUAAAGAUUGGGGCUUUUUCCAGUUGAUAAAUCAUGGGGUAUCAGAAAGCAUAGAUGCAAUGAAGGUGGUUACAAAGGAAUUCUUCAAGUUGGGAUUAGAAGAGAAGAUGAAAUGUGCACAAACUCCAACCACCAUUGAAGGUUAUGGUCAAGCAUUUGUUGUUUCAGAAGACCAAAAACUUGAUUGGGGUGACAUGCUCUUCAUCCUACCUUUACCCAUCCCUCAAAGGAACUUGAGAUUUUGGCCUCUAAAUCCCCCUUCAUUCAGGGCAACCUUAGAUGAAUACUCGAACAAGCUAUAUGGCGUUUCGAAGGAACUGUUUAAGUUGAUGUCUAUAAACCUGGGAAUCGAUCUUGAAACGGUUAGCAAAUUGUACGAGAAUUGCACACAAGGUAUCAGAAUGAACUACUAUCCACCCUGUCUCGAAGCAGACAAGGUUUUAGGGUUGGCACCGCACUCAGAUGCAGUCGGGUUAACCCUCUUGGUUCAAGUCAAUGAAGUUCAAGGGCUACAAAUUAAGAAGAACUCGAAAUGGGUGCCGAUUAAGCCCAUUCGCGGGUCGAUUAUCGUUAACAUAGGUGACGUUAUGGAGAUAAUGAGUAACGGGGAGUACCGCAGUAUCGAGCAUAGGGCUCUGGUUCACUUGGAAAAGGAGCGGCUUUCGAUUGCAGCUUUUCAUAGUCCGGGCAUCGACACCAUGAUCGGACCGUUGACAGACGGAGUUAAUGAGAAGACAGCAAAGUAUAAGACGAUUAAUACAGAAGAUUAUACGAAGUUGAUCAUUAGCAGCAAACUUGAUGGAAAAAGUCUGAUUGAGCAAAUGAAGAUUCAAUAAUGAUGCGGUAAGCGCUCUUGCUCGUGAACAUUACGAUCAUAUCAGUCUGAUCCUGUUCGAUUGUGUCCAUGUAUUAUAUGCAACUUUUCAGUUCAUAUAAUUCGUGUUAUCUUUUAUUUGUGUUUAUUUACUGAAUGUAAUCAAGUUUUAUUGUGAAUUGGUGGGACGGACUCAAUGUGUUAACUCGUAUGGUCGGGUUGACU